AUGGACGCGACGGGGCAGCAGGAGCAGCAUGCAGGAACUGGAGGCGGAGAUCGCUACGGCGUGCUUCUCUACUACAAGUACGCCGAGGUGCCCGACGCCGCCGCGCUCGCCGCGUUCUACGAGGCGCACUGCCGCGGCCUCGCGCUCGUCGGCCGCGUUCGGGUCGGCCCCGACGGCGUCAACGCCACGCUCGGAGGGCGGAUGGCCGCGCUGGAGAAGCACAUCACGGAGAUGAGCUCCAACGCCUUGUUCGAGGGCACCGAUUUCAAGCUGGCGUACUGCGACGACCCUGUCGACGAGAGGGUCGCCAGGGAGUGCGGCUUCACCUCGCUGUCCGUCCGGGUCGUCAAGGAGCUAGUUACCCUGUGCUCCAACCCCACGUCGGCACCACCGGAGAUUUCGAGUGCUGGGAGACACUUGUCGGCGGCUGAGUUCCAUUCGGUGCUCCAGAAUGUUGCUGGGACUAGUUUGGAUGCUGUGGCAUCUGCGGAGAAGAAGGAACUGGUUGUCUUGGAUGCAAGGAAUGUGUAUGAGACACGGAUCGGCAAGUUCAAUGUGCCAAAUGCGAAGACCUUAGAUCCGGAAAUUAGGCAAUACAGUGAUCUGCCUUCUUGGAUAGAUGAGCAUGCUGAGCAGCUGCGUGGGAAAUCUAUUCUUAUGUACUGCACAGGAGGUAUACGCUGCGAGAUGGCAUCAGCUUAUAUUCGCUCGAAAGGUGAAGGAUUUGAGAACGUUUUUCAGCUAUAUGGUGGCAUUCAGCGGUAUCUGGAACAAUUUCCAGAUGGUGGCUAUUUUGAAGGAAAGAAUUUCGUAUUUGACCACAGAAUCUCAGUGGGAAGCCUUAAAGAAAACAUACUCGGAGCGUGUUUGAUAUGUGGUUCUUCUUUUGAUGACUAUUCAUCGCGCUGUCGGUGCAGCCAUUGCAGAAUGUUGGUCCUAGUGUGCCCUACAUGUCAGGAUUCCACCAAGGAAUUUGCAUGUGAGCUAUGUCAAAAAAAUGGAAAAGAACCCUGCCAAAUAUCAGCAAGACAAGACUGCAAACUACAGAUAGGACUAUCUGAAAGCUUUGAAAAGCCAUCCAUAAGCAAUCACAAUGUGGCUAACAAAGUUCCCUGGAGUGAUGGUAGUGAGCAGCUGAAAAGGUUGAGGAUCCUCUGCUUGCAUGGUUUCCGCCAAAACGCAUCCAGUUUUAAGGGAAGAACAUCAGCACUUGCCAAGAAGCUGAAGCACAUCGCUGAGCUUGUCUUUGUAGACGCACCUCAUGAGCUUUCCUUUGUAUAUCAACCAAUCCAGGGCCACUGCUCAGACAAACCCUCACCUCUGUCUGUGACACCAAAUCGGAAAUUCGCAUGGCUCAUUGCUCCAAACUCCCACUGCAACCCUGAGCAAGACUGGAGGGCUGCAGAUGUGCCGUUUGACCCUCUUCAGUACCAGCAACAAACCGAAGGCUUUGAGGAAUCAUACACCUACCUUGAAAAUGCAAUCUCUCGCAUGGGGAGCUUCGAUGGAAUCCUGGGCUUCUCUCAGGGCGCUGCCAUGGCUGCCUUAUUCUGCAGGCAGCAGCAGAAGAUCUGUGGCUCUCCAAAGUUCAGGUUUGGGAUGUUCUGCUCCGGAUAUCCAGCACCCGUGGGUGAUUUCGGCAACGAACCAAUCAAGCUCCCCUCGCUCCAUUGUUUUGGCAAUGGGGAUGGUCAUGACAGGCAGAUAGCAAACAGGGCGAGCGCUGAACUUGCUGGUUUCUUCGAGCAGGAUUGCUGCUCCGUUGUUGAGCAUGACAUGGGCCACAUAAUCCCCACCCGGUCGCCCUACAUCGAUCGGAUAAAGGAUUUUCUUUCCAGUUUCCUAUGA